AUGAGAUGGCACAGCGAAAAUAGAAGGACACCUGGUGUUCUGUGUCAUCCAUCGGAUGGAGAAGCGUGGAAACAUUUUGACAGAACUUAUCCAGAUUUUGCUAGUGAACCAAGAAACAUUCAUUUUGGUUUGUGUGCGGAUGGUUUCACACGACACUCUGUUGCGGCUGCACCCUAUUCUUGUUGGCCUGUAUUUCUUACUCCAUAUAAUCUACCGCCUGAGAUGUGUGUAGUGACAUAUGAUGUGUCAACUAAGAGCAAUUUCAAUAUGCGUGCUUCUUUGAUGUGGACUAUUAACGAUUUUCCUGCGUAUGGGAUGUUAUCUGGUUGGAUGACAGCUGGAAAGCUUGCUUGUCCUCAUUGCAUGGAAAAUAGUAAAGCUUUCACUUUAAAACAUGGCCACAAAAAUUCAUGGAAAAUGAAACAAGCAUUUAGAAAGAAUAAAACUGAAAAUGAUCCCCCACCUCGAACAUUGUCAGUAGAAGAAAUUUGGGGAAGGGUUUGUCACUUGCCUAAGGUCACAGAAGUUGCCCCUUAUAGACUACAUGGUUAUGGUGUUGAACAUAAUUGGACUAAACAGAGCAUAUUCUGGGAGUUACCAGAUGUUAAAGGCAAGACAAAGGACAACCCAAAAGCUAGAUUGGACUUAAAGGAAUAUUAUAAGCGCCCUGAAUUGAACUUGCAAGACCGCCUACCGAAAAGAAUAUGGAAACCAAUCACAGAGAUAAGUUUGUUCUUCAAGUAUUUAUGUUCUAAUACUUUGACGGUAGAAAACCUUCAAAGAAUGGAACAGAAUAUGCCAGUCAUUACAACUAAGCUCGAGAAGAUCUUUCCAUGCGGGUUUUUUGAUGUGAUGGAACAUCUUCCCAUUCAUCUUGUACAAGAGGCACGUCUUGGAGGCCCGGUUAAAACUAGGUGGAUGUAUCCUUUCGAGAGGACCAUUGGCAAAUGCAAAAAAUUGGCUAAGCAGAGAUCUAAGAUUGAAAGAUCUAUUUGUGAAGCGUAUCUUGCAAAGGAAACAACGCAUUUCUGUUCAUAUUAUUUCGGAGAGCAAGUGUCGUGUAUGAGAAAUAGGCCAAACCAUAAUGAUAAGGGUGGGGUUGAUCCUAACUACCCACCAAUGUCCAUCUUCAAUCAACCAGGACGAGGAGAACAUUCCCAAUUUGUGAAAGAUAUAGCUCUUGGACCAGGAAAUGAAGUUAAGACAAUGAAAAAGUGCAUUAUUAAUGGUUAUAAGUUUCAAACCGAAGAAGUUUCUCACUAUAAGAAGACGAAUAAUAGUGGAGUGUGCAUUAAAGGCGAUGCUGAUGGUAGCGGUGUAACUGUUGAUUAUUACGGUGUGCUGCAGGAGAUCAUACAACUUAAGUAUCCAGGUUACCCUAAGAAGACGAUAACAUUAUUUCGGUGCAAGUGGUUUGAUCCAUGCCAAAGAGGUAAAAGGGUGAAUCGUCAACAUAACGUAAUUGAAGUCAAACACACAAGACAAUACAAUCUCUAUGAUCCCUUUAUAAUUGCACAAAAUGCUAAGCAAGUGUAUUAUGCUCCAUAUCCUUUGCAUAGGGAUAAGGUUGAUUGGUGGGUGGUUAUAAAGACUAAGCCUGUGGGGAGUAUUGAGGUCGAUAAUGCAUUAGAUAUGGCGUAUAAAAAUGAUGUACCAGUUGUUCAUCAAACGGUGGACACAAAGUUAUAG